CUUUUCGAUAGCAGUCUCCUCCAUCGCUCUCGCGGGAUUUUGAUGUCAUCCGCCACUCGGUUUUUGUGACGCGCAUGAAGUCGAACAAGCUUGCUGUAUCAGUAGCUGCGUUUCCAUUACAGAUUUGCGAACGACUUAUGGCUCGUUUGAGAUAAGUAAAUUCUGAGCCAUCAGCUAGAAACACAACCAGCUAAACAAACUACCUACGGGGAGGAGUUGUUUGCUAAAGUUUCCACCGAAACGAAAGCUUACUGCACGGAUUGGGUACUGACACUUGUCGAAUAAAACGAAACUUAAAGGGGUGGAGUUAGGGAAGUAAGACGUGUCUCUACUGAAGACAGACUCAAGUUUUCAAUCAUGGCUGAAGCGAAUUUGUCCUUCUUGGAGGAGGAUUUGACCUGCGUAAUCUGUUGUGACAUCUACACUGAUCCAGUCACACUGAAAUGUAGCCACAGUUUGUGUAAGAAGUGCCUACAGAAGUUUUGGACCACGCAGGACGUCGCACGAUGUCCAGUCUGUCGAAAGGAAUGCUCACACGACGAGCCCACCAAGAGCCUGGCUUUCAAAGCUCUCUGUGAGUCCUACAAGAAGAGAAAUCCAACAGCUGUUCCAGAAGACAUCUGUCAAGAACACAAGGAGAAGCUCAAACUGUUCUGCUUCGAGGACAAGCAGCCCAUCUGUGUGGUCUGUUACACUUCAAAGAGGCAUGAAAAUCAUAAGUGUUCUCCCAUUGAAGAGGCCGUUGAGGCCUUAAAGGACGAUCUUGAGGAACGAAUAUACAAUUUACAGGUGACCCUCACUGAGUUCAUAGACGCCCAUGACAGUUGCAUGAAAGAAGCGGAGCUCAUUAAGAAACAGACCAUAACUUCAGAAAACCAAAUCAAGGAGGAAUUCAAGAAACUCCAUCAGUUUCUUAAUGAGGAGGAGGAAAAAUGGAUCCGAAACUUGCCGAAAGAAGUGAAGUCUCAAAAUAUGAAAAUCAAUGCCAGAAUGGAGGAGCUGUCCAAGCAGAUAUCAGACCUGUCAGAGAAGACUGCAGCUGUAUGGCAGGACAUGGAAGCUGAAAACAUCACAUUUCUCCAGAACUACGCUGAGAACCUUCAACGACUUAAAUGCCCAUCAGUUCCAAGCAUUGUCCCAGAACUAGAGAAAAAUCAUCCUCAUCAGACACUGAUCUUCACCACUUGGGCCAGAAUGCAGGAACUUGUUGAAAAUCCUCCUGUGACGUUGGACCCAAACACAGCCUCCAAAAUGCUUCAGGUAUCACAGGACUGCUGCAGUGUGCAGUAUGUGGAAAACCCAUUGAGCGUGUCAAACAAUCCGAAAAGAUUAUAUGUGGGAGUUCUUGCUGCCCAGAGCUUCAGCUCGGGUCUUCACUGCUGGGAUGUAGAAGUUGGAGACAACGGCCACUGGACGCUGGGCGUGGUUGGGGCAACGGUAAAUAGGAAAAAACUUUUCAAAAUGGAUCCUAGUAGCCGUUUUUGGUGUUUGCGUCACAAGGGUGGUAAAUACCAGCAAUGUGGUAAGAACGUCAUGGCUAUUGAUAAGGACGAGAGGCCGUAUAUCAUUCGAGUAAUGCUGGACUUUGACCUAGGAGAGCUGAGAUUCAUUGAUCCUUUCAGAAACAGAAGUUUAUGCACCUUCACGGGUGGAUUUCCUGAGAUGGUGUUUCCAUAUUUUUGUACUGGAGAAUUAGGCAGACCUAUAAGUAUUUACAUGGGCAACAACACUUGCUAACCUGACAUUUUUAUUUUUCACAUCAACUUGUUGUAUUUCAUGGAUGGGCAACUUCAGUCCUGGAGGGCCAGUGUCCUGCAGAGUUUAGCUCCAACCAUUAUUAAACACACCUGAAGCGGCCAAUUAAAGGCUUACUAGGCAUAUGAGACACUUUUAUCCAAUGUAUAUUUUUAAGCCUUUCCAGCACCUUAAAACUAUGGCAAAUUAAACAAUUACAUACGUACAUAUUUAUUUAUUAAUUACAUUAAAUCAGAUGUUACAGUGCUAUUUUUAAAGCUAAUUUAUUGCACAAUUGUUGGUAAAAUCGUUCAUAUUAUAAUCAAUAAAAUAAUUUGAAAGCCUACUGAAA